GAGUAGCUGGCAUUACAGGUGCCCACCACCAUGCCUGGCUAAUUUUUUUCUAUUUUUAGUAUAGAUGGGGUUUUGCCAUGUUGGCCAGGCUGGUGUUGAACUCCGGACCUCAGGUGAUCCACCCACCUCAGCCUCCCAAAGUGCUAGGAUUAUAGGCGUGAGCCAUCGGGCCUGGCCCCUUGCUUGUCUUAUUUAGAGUUUUAAAGCAGCUUUCGUUGUACUCUUUCUUCAUUUUAAAUGUUCCUGCCUUGAGUGAUUUGAUUAGUCUACGUCUUGGGAAGCGUAUUUUACCUUAGUGCCUCUUUACUUACUUACCUUAAGAAAGGAGUACAGGGCAGGUUCUUAAGUAAAAUGGCCCCAGACACCUGGCUUGCCUACUGUGUCAGUGCAAAGAACACUUGGAUCAUGUCUUUUUCCUAAAAUUGGACUUCAUAACUGUUUCUUGGAAGUCUAUUUUAAGACUUUUUUAGUUCUCAUGUUGCUUCUGAAGAUGUAUGUUUAAAUUACAGUUUCUAUGCUGAUAAGUUGCGUAUACACCUCUGGGCAUACUAAAAGUUGUGCAGAACAAUAGUUUAUAACACAGGAUAAGAUUCCCUCAUCAGUACUUCCCAUUCCCUGAAAUGUGAGAUCAAAACUCAGUUGAACCACACUAUGGCUGUAGAAGACAGUAUGAAUUAGAAAAGACAAAUAUCCACUGUACUAGAGUUCACCAGCGUUUGAAGGCUAUCAGAAGAUAUAGGAGUCUGUUCUCUGGGGAGGCAGUAAGGGGCCGUGGAGCUGGCCUCGGCCUCGGCCUCGGCAUCGGGAGAGGCUGGACUUCCUGUCUCUCUGUGCUGAAUGGCUGCGAUGGCGCCCGCUCUCACUGACGCAGCAGCUGAAGCACACCAUAUCCGGUUCAAACUGGCUCCCCCAUCCUCUACCUUGUCCCCUGGCAGUGCCGAAAAUAACGGCAACGCCAACAUCCUUAUUGCUGCCAACGGAACCAAAAGAAAAGCCAUUGCUGCAGAGGAUCCCAGCCUAGAUUUCCGAAAUAAUCCUACCAAGGAAGACUUGGGAAAGCUGCAACCACUGGUGGCGUCUUAUCUCUGCUCUGAUGUAACAUCUGUUCCCUCAAAGGAGUCUUUGAAGUUGCAAGGGGUCUUCAGCAAGCAGACAGUCCUUAAAUCUCAUCCUCUCUUAUCUCAGUCCUAUGAACUCCGAGCUGAGCUGUUGGGGAGACAGCCAGUUUUGGAGUUUUCCUUAGAAAAUCUUAGAACCAUGAAUACAAGUGGUCAGACAGCUCUGCCACAAGCACCUGUAAAUGGGUUGGCUAAGAAAUUGACUAAAAGUUCAACACAUUCUGAUCAUGACAAUUCCACUUCCCUCAAUGGGGGAAAACGGGCUCUCACUUCAUCUGCUCUUCAUGGGGGUGAAAUGGGAGGCUCUGAAUCUGGGGACUUGAAGGGGGGUAUGACCAAUUGCACUCUUCCACACAGAAGCCUUGAUGUAGAACACACAACUUUGUAUAGCAAUAAUAGCACUGCAAACAAAUCUUCUGUCAAUUCCAUGGAACAGCCGGCACUUCAAGGAAGCAGUAGGUUAUCACCUGGUACAGACUCCAGCUCUAACUUGGGGGGUGUCAAAUUGGAGGGUAAAAAGUCUCCCCUGUCUUCCAUUCUUUUCAGUGCUUUAGAUUCUGACACAAGGAUAACAGCUUUACUGCGGCGACAGGCUGACAUUGAGAGCCGUGCCCGCAGAUUACAAAAGCGCUUACAGGUUGUGCAAGCCAAGCAGGUUGAGAGGCACAUACAACAUCAGCUGGGUGGAUUUUUGGAGAAGACUUUGAGCAAACUGCCAAACUUGGAAUCCUUGAGACCACGGAGCCAGUUGAUGCUGACUCGAAAGGCUGAAGCUGCCUUGAGAAAAGCUGCCAGUGAGACCACCACUUCAGAGGGACUUAGCAACUUUCUGAAAAGCAAUUCAAUUUCAGAAGAAUUGGAGAGAUUUACAGCUAGUGGCAUAGCCAACUUGAGGUGCAGUGAACAGGCAUUUGAUUCAGAUGUCACUGACAGUAGUUCAGGAGGGGAGUCUGAUAUUGAAGAGGAAGAACUGACCAGAGCUGAUCCCGAGCAGCGUCAUGUACCCCUGAGACGCAGGUCAGAAUGGAAAUGGGCUGCAGACCGGGCAGCUAUUGUCAGCCGCUGGAACUGGCUUCAGGCUCAUGUUUCUGACUUGGAAUAUCGAAUUCGUCAGCAAACAGACAUUUACAAACAGAUACGUGCUAAUAAGGGGUUGAUAGUUCUUGGGGAGGUACCUCCCCCAGAGCAUACAACAGACUUAUUUCUUCCGCUUAGUUCUGAGGUGAAGACAGAUCAUGGGACUGAUAAAUUGAUUGAGUCUGUUUCUCAGCCAUUGGAAAACCAUGGUGCCCCUAUUAUUGGUCAUAUUUCAGAGUCACUGUCUACCAAAUCAUGUGGAGCACUCAGACCUGUCAAUGGAGUUAUUAACACUCUUCAGCCUGUCUUGGCAGACCACAUUCCAGGUGACAGCUCUGAUGCUGAGGAACAAUUACAUAAGAAGCAACGACUGAAUCUCGUCUCUUCAUCAUCUGAUGGCACCUGUGUGGCAGCCCGGACACGUCCUGUACUGAGCUGUAAGAAGCGGAGGCUUGUUCGACCCAACAGCAUCGUUCCUCUUUCCAAGAAGGUUCACCGGAACAGCACAAUCCGCCUUGGCUGUGAUGUGAAUCCCUCCUGCGCACUGUGUGGUUCAGGCAGCAUCAACACCAUGCCUCCCGAAAUUCACUAUGAAGCCCCUCUGUUGGAACGUCUUUCCCAGUUGGACUCUUGUGUUCACCCUGUUCUAGCAUUUCCAGAUGAUGUUCCCACAAGCCUGCAUUUCCAGAGCAUGCUGAAAUCUCAGUGGCAGAACAAGCCUUUUGACAAAAUCAAACCUCCCAAAAAGUUAUCGCUUAAGCACAGAGCACCCAUGCCGGGCAGUCUGCCAGAUCCAGCUCGUAAGGACAGGCACAAAUUGGUCAGCUCCUUCCUAACAACAGCCAAGCUGUCCCAUCACCAAACCCGGCCUGACAGGACCCACAGGCAGCACUUAGACGAUGUGGGGGCCGUGCCCAUGGUGGAGCGAGUGACAGCGCCAAAAGCAGAGCGCUUGCUCAACCCACCACCACCCGUGCAUGACCCAAACCACAGCAAAAUGAGAUUGCGAGACCAUUCAUCUGAGAGAAGUGAAGUGUUGAAGCAUCACACAGACAUGAGCAGUUCGAGCUACUUGGCAGCCACCCACCAUCCUCCACACAGUCCCUUGGUGCGACAGCUCUCCACCUCCUCAGAUUCCCCUGCACCCGCCAGCUCUAGCUCACAGGUUACAGCCAGCACAUCGCAGCAGCCAGUAAGGAGGAGAAGGGGAGAGAGCUCAUUCGAUAUUAACAACAUUGUCAUCCCAAUGUCUGUUGCUGCAACAACUCGCGUAGAGAAACUGCAAUACAAGGAAAUCCUUACGCCAAGCUGGCGGGAGGUUGAUCUUCAGUCUCUGAAGGGGAGUCCUGAUGAGGAGAAUGAGGAGAUUGAGGACCUAUCCGACGCAGCCUUCGCCGCCCUGCAUGCCAAAUGUGAGGAGAUGGAGAGGGCACGGUGGCUGUGGACCACGAGUGUGCCACCCCAGCGGCGGGGCAGCAGGUCCUACAGGUCAUCAGACGGCCGGACAACCCCCCAGCUGGGCAGUGCCAACCCCUCCACCCCCCAGCCUGCCUCCCCUGAUGUCAGCAGUAGCCACUCUUUGUCAGAAUACUCCCAUGGUCAGUCCCCUAGGAGCCCCAUUAGCCCGGAACUGCACUCAGCACCCCUCACCCCUGUGGCUCGGGACACUCCGCGACACUUAGCCAGUGAGGAUACCCGUUGUUCCACACCAGAGCUGGGGCUGGAUGAACAGUCGGUCCAGCCCUGGGAGCGGCGGACCUUCCCCCUGGCGCACAGUCCCCAGGCAGAGUGUGAGGACCAGCUGGAUGCACAGGAGCGAGCAGCCCGCUGCACUCGACGCACCUCAGGCAGCAAGACUGGCCGGGAGACAGAGGCAGCGCCCACCUCGCCUCCCACUGUCCCCCUCAAGAGUCGGCAUCUGGUGGCAGCAGCCACAGCUCAGCGCCCGACUCACAGAUGAGCGGGAGACAGCCAUCUAAACAGACUCACUAACUAUUGGCAUUAAAGCUUCAGAAAUCUC